AUGAACCUAAAUCGCCUUAUUCAACAAUGGGAAGAAAGGCACAAUGAUGGCUUGUUGACGCCGGAAGUGUUAGUAUUCUAUCUACAGAGUAUCGCUGGCAAUUUUGUAUCACCGACAUCUCCACGACCGGAAGAAGCCAUACUUGAAGAGGGCGCACAGCUACCAAAUUUGCAUCUGCAGGUAGCAGAGAAUGACGCACACGGCAAUAAUAUCUUCUUGGCCGGUAAUGCUGUGUUUGACGAACCGGGUGCCAGGGCCGCUACCGUCUCCUUGAUGGAACGUUUCAUCUGCGGCUCGGAUCCGGAGGAGUUUCUGGAUAAAAUCAAACACACCGACACCGUGUCUUCAGUGUGUGGACGCGUUUUUAAAAUCGGCGAACCAACUUACAGCUGUCGCGAGUGUAGUAUGGAUCCAACAUGUGUGCUGUGCUCAACGUGUUUUAAAAAAUCAGUGCAUCGCACACACAAAUACAAAAUGGCCACUUCGUGUGGCGGUGGUUGCUGUGAUUGCGGUGACGUAGAGGCUUGGAAGAGGUUUCCAGUCUGCGACGAGCACGCUUGCAUUUCCGAUGACAAGGCACAGGAUGAACAGCAACAAGUGCCAUUGUCGGAUGACAAAAAAAAGCGCUGUGGAAUUGUUUUCCGUGCCAUACUGGAUUACUGUAUGCAAACCCUGCAGAUGCAUGGCACGGGAAAUCUUCCCGAGUGGGAGGACGAUGAAAAUACGCACUGCACGAUACUGUACAACGAUGAAACGCACACGUUUGAGCAGGUUAUCCAGACAUUAACAUCGAUAGUGAAAUGCGAGCAUAAGACGGCGAUCGAAUACGUUACCAGUAUUGACCGCGAAGGACGCGCCGUCGUUAAAUGUGCCUCGUUUGAGGUCUGCAAAAAACUGAAGGAAGAUAUUGAAAACAAAGCGAUGCGUACGACCAUGGCUAGCCGAACAUUACCGCUGAAGGUUACGGUUAUGCAUCGCAAUGAAGUAGCAUGCCAGCACUUGGCAAUGCAAAUGCUUGCGUGGUUCCAGGAGUUCUUGACAAAGCAUUCGUCGUUCCGCAAAAUUUUCACCGAAACGGUUACCAAAUCAGGGGAGACAUAUAAUUUGAGGUUCAUCCUCAGUAACGAUCAAAACCUGUGGAAAUCGGCCCGAACCUCCUGGCAUCGGCUGCUAAUUGCUGGGAUGCUGAUGGACUACGACAACAAAAAAUUGCUAGCGAUUACAUUUACAAAACUGUAUGCUUCGCUGAUGCAAGAUUUCAUCCGAGACGACCACUACCAUUCGUUCUCGAUCGUGUCGCUCAGCGUGCAGCUGUUUACCGUGCCGACGAUUGCGCACUAUCUGAUCGAAAAGGAGUCAGCGUUCUUUAAGCUGUUGCAUACAUAUUGCUCGGAGGCGAUUGACAAGUACGUCAAAAACCGGCAGCUGGUGUUUAUCAAAAAUACGUCCACGAUGAACGCAUUCAAGCGAGCUUCGUACAUACUGAUCGAUCUGAAGUAUCUACUUAGCUUCAAACCGGAUAAAUGGACAAAUGAGCUGCGGACCGGCUUCGUGCAUGGCUUGCAGCAGUUGAUACGUCUGCUCAAGUACAUGCAGGGAAUGGAUGCGGCGACGCGCCAGGUAGGCCAACACCUGGAGUACGAACAAGAGUGGGAGACGGCUUUCACUCUUCAUCUAAAGCUGUCACCGUUGAUCACACUGGUACUGGAGUGGUGUGCCACAGAUCGCAUUGUCCUUGGGAAAGUUUUUCGCAUGGUAAUGUCAUCACUGAGCGACACCAAAUUUAUCGCCCAAGAAUCAGAAACCGUGGUCCGAACCGUGGGUGAACAUAGUGCCUCCUGCUUGACGUACGAUGUGCUCUCCAGACCGGUUUCUGUACAUCUGCCGCUGACACGGUUUCUUGCGGGGCUUUACGCUGUCUUCGAACGGCACGAUUUUACAUUUGACGCAUUUGCACCGAACACCGCCGACUAUCCAACGCCAGAACAGAUCAUCGAGCCUGUACUGUGCGCUCGUACCAUGAUAUCCCAGGUGCACGCUGGUAUGUGGCGCCGCAACGGGUACGCACUGAUCAAUCAGCUGUUUUUCUAUCGCAACGUCAAAUGCCGGUAUGAGAUGCUGGAUCGCGAUAUUGUUAUCCUGCAGAUAGGUGCCUCCCUGAUCGAAGCCAACAAGUACAUAAUACACGUGCUGAACAAAUACAAGUUGCUCGAAUGGUUGGACAAGGAUGUGCAGGAAAGGCCGCGCAAUGCGGAGGCAAGCGACGGUGACGACGAUUACAUCCGGCAGAUAGGUGUGCUGGUCGAAGAAUUUCUUGAACUGCUAAUCGUAGUUAUUGGCGAGCGUUACGUACCGGGCGUUGGUGACGUGUCCGAGAGCGAUCGCAUUAAGAAGGAAAUCGUGCAGCAGCUGUGCAUUAAGCCACACUCGCACUCCGAGUUGAGUCGGGCAUUGAAUGAAGAUAACUGUAGUGAAAUCAUGUUCGAGUCCGUAAUCGACGACGUAGCCGUAUUCGAGAAGCCGAAUGACGCGGAAAAGAGGGGCAUGUACUCAUUGAAGCAGGAGUACUACAGCUGGUACAAUCUGUACUUCUACCACUACAGCAAGGAGGACAAGUCAAAGUCAGAAGAACGGCAACGAAAUCAAAAGAAGGAAAAGAAUGAGCUGGUUUGCUGCCCUCCACCCGCCCUACCUAAAUUGACACAAUUGUUCAACAAUAUUCCUAAUCUCCUGCAAUGCGACGUCAUGCUGAAGAUCAUACAAGCUGUACUGGGCCGUGCGCUGGAUUUACAAUCAAUGACCUUCACCGAAGGACAGCUGCAACGAGUGUUGCAUUUGAUUGGAUAUGCCAUUCAAGAGGAAGAAUCAGGACACUAUCCGUUUAUGAGAUUCUACGAAAGAAGUCAAUUCAUCAAUCUUCUGACGAUGUUAGAAGAUCUCUCCAAGAGUCCAAGGGUUGAAUCUCUGCGGGACCUAUUGCGUUGGACCAUACAGCGCUACAAAGCGAUGGAAGCAAAGCACUUGAGCUUAAUACAGGGUGAGAUCGAUCGUGCCGAGUCAAGUGGCAGUGGGCUGUCGUCGGUCGAUGCGGAUCGUUUAGAGAAGGAAGAACGCGCUAAGUUGGCCGCAAAGCGACGCGCCCAGGUAAUGGCACAGAUGCAAAAGGCACAGCAAAUGUUCAUGACCACGCACCCGGACAUGUUUGAGAACGAAGGCGAUGAAAAGGUCGAGCAGAAGGAGGGUGAACCGGCUGCCGAAACCGAUAUGGACUGGCAGACGUCAAGCGAACAUUUGGUGGCUCUCGGGCCGAAGCGUACCCCAUUACGGCCUGCCGAUACAGCUGCGCUACGCUAUUCGUGUAUUCUCUGUUCAGAAAAGACCGUGCUCGGUACAUACGAAUCGGUCAACAUGGUGUACGCCGCAUUCGUGCAGCGUUCAAGCGUUCUGUCGCGCUACACACAGACAGACGAACGGGGCAUACUACGGUUGAUCGAGACGGAAACGCAUCCAUCGCCACAUCUUACCACCUGUGGACACGUGAUGCACUCGACUUGCUUCGAUAAGUAUUUUAACAACGAGGUGAUUAAGGAAAAUCGCCGCCCUUACCGUAACCGUACCCCGAUACUGUUUGACAUCGAAAAGAACGAGUUUUUGUGCCCGUUGUGUCGUUUCCUGAGCAACUGUUUGUUGCCGUUGUUACCUCCGCAUGAGACGAUCACCAGCAGCGCAAAGGCACGUGUGGAUGCAGCAGUUAAGGCGGCCGGAUUCAAUGAAAUACCCGAAUCACCGGUAACCCAUCCGAAUGCGUUUAAUUUCUCGCUGUGGUACACGUUCACGUCGGACUUUAUGCGCCUCGCGCUAGACCGUGUCGAGCAGACGGAAUACAGUUACGUCGACCUUCGCACUGCAAUUCGGCGUGAGCGACGUAAUUACGAUCGCGCCAUGAGCUACGGCGAGCCAGAACAUCAGCCGAUGAGUCUUGAACAGGAAACAGCGGAAUAUAAUAUCGUGGAGCUACCGGCUGAGGGUGCUGACCAGAUGGUCAUUCCACCCGCCCAGGCGGCACGUCAGGCCGACGAAGAACAGCAGGAACAGGAUCAACCACAGCAGGAACAGCAACAGCAACAAGGGGCCGAACAACAAGCGGCGCAGCAAGGCGAAGAGCAAACCGAUGACGAUUCUCUCGAUGGAUACGAAACAAACGAUCAACAGUCAACGGAAGAUGAGGUGGACUAUAGUGACGAUGAUAUGGAUUGGAUUCGAGUACCACCGUCUCAUCUAACCACCACGGUGCUGAAGGAAGCGGAACCGAAGCACGGUGUCCGCCUGCGAUAUUACGGAACAUUGCGCGAUCCACCGUUGGUCGGACGACUGUUUGAUCGCACCAUCAAAUACUCGCUGCUCACCUUUGCCAAGAACGUGCGCAGUUUCACCACGGUACCGUACAAAGCAAAACGGUUCGCCGAAUAUCUCACACCUUGGGUAACCCUUUCCUACACGAUCAAGUCGAUUGAGAUGCAAUUGCGCGUACUAAAUCUUCCACUCGGCACGGAGCUCUCGAUUCGCUACUCCACCUGCCUGAGAGGAUUGGUGCGGGCGGCCUGUGCAAUGGGUCCCCUAGUGCCGACCGUGUUGGCACAGCACAAGAUGCUCCUAUUCAUGGCCGACAUAUAUGAAACACUGUACGGCCAUAAGCCGUCACAGUCGUUCUUCGAUUGGGAUCUGUUCGGGUUGCUCAAUACGUGCUUGUUCACGACACGUACCGUACUGUACAGCUUUGUACGCCCGCAACGCAUCCCGAAGGGUGACGCACUGGACCAUUCGAUUGUGCUGGCAAUUUUUAUGGUAAACAUGCUGCGUACAAUUAUAACGUCUGUGACCGGCAUUGAUCCUCCGCCGACGGCAUCAUCAUCCGAUGCCGAACAGAAAUCCCCGGCACAGGAAAAACAGCAGAAGGAGGAGGAUACUGCAACGUCCUCACUCACGGAUGCAGAGCGUAAUUUACUACUGUUGUAUCAGCAGUACAACAUUCAUCAGCCACAUCCGGACGACAAGAAGAGCCCGUUGAAUGCUACCGACGAUCGGAAGGCAAAAGAUGGCGACGACAUCAUCACCGUCGGCGGUUCUGUGGCGGAACAGAAACGGCUCUGCCAGCUGUUGGUAAAUGAUAUCAAGACGCAAAGUCAUACCCUGCUGCGAUGUUGUUGCCUGCUAUUUUACGGCAUUACCGAUAUCACGCUGCCCCAGUGUACCGAUGUACCGGAACAAGAUUACCAUCCAAUGAUGACGUACUUGGAUCUGCAGGAAGAUCCGCUCGUCUAUCUGGAUGCUCGCCAAAAAACGUUCGAGCUGAUCGAGCGGUUGGCGUUCUGCAAUUCUGAUCAGAUCAAUCGAAUGCGCUAUGCACGUCAGGCCCAUCUGCUCGGCGAACCAAAAGCCCUUUUCCAGGCAGCACCACCCGUCCGCCGGCUAAUCGAUCUGCCGGAGGAUUAUAGUGAUCUGAUCAACAGUGUUUCACUGUUCACCUGCCCGAACAACAUCCGGGAUGAUUCACGCAAUCCGACCAUGUGUCUCGUGUGUGGUGUGAUUCUGUGCUCGCAGUCAUUCUGCUGUCAGAAGGAGCUUGACAACAGUUCGGUCGGUUCGUGCACGUACCACACGGCAGAAUGUGGUGCCGGUAUCGGGAUCUUCCUACGCAUACGAGAUGCUGAAAUAUUGCUGCUGGGUAUAAACAAGGGUUGCUUCAUUCCUGCUCCGUACGUGGACGAGUAUGGCGAAACGGAUCAGGGCUUGCGCCGUGGCAACCCGCUCCGUCUCAGCAUGGAGCGCUACCAGAAGCUGUAUCACAAGUGGCUUUCGCAUGGUCUGCACGAAGAGAUUACGCGGCGCAACGAACAGCAGCACACAAUGUUUGCUACACAGUGGCAGAACCUUUAG